AUGAAUCCAUUUGAAGCGAAACCAACCCACCAAGUUACUGAGCCCGUGCCCGACGACUGCCAGGGCAAAAAGGUCCGAUUGAAGUGCAACGAGGACGACACCAUCGGAGAUCUCAAGAAGCUGGUUGCCGCACAGACCGGCACACGCGCCGACAAGAUCAGGAUCCAAAAGUGGUGUACCAUCUACAACGACCACUUCAUCCCUCAAAGACUAGGAGGUCCACGACGGCAUGGGACUCGAGCUCUACUACAAGUAGCAAUGGCGACUGUGAAAACCGUCAAGGAUGUCUCUCCGCACGAGUUCGUCAAAUCCUAUGCCUCCCACCUCAAGCGCUUGGGGAAGAUGGAGCUGCCCGACUGGACUGAUUUGGUAAAAAUUGAUGUCUUGAAAGAGCUUGCGCCAUAUGAUCCUGAUUGGUACUACAUAAGGGCUUCUUCCAUGGCUCGUGAGGGGAGGUGGUGUUGGUGCCUUUUGAAGGAUUUAUGGUGGAAGCAAGAGGAAUGGCAGCCGUCCGCCCCAUUUUGGCAAGAGCAGUGGGUCUGUGGCUCGUAA